GGGAGGAAAGUAUUUCCCCAUCGCUCAGGAAUGAGGCCCCACAGUCUGUGGUCGGGGCUGAGAGAUGGGCUCACAGAGAGUCGACAUUCUCCUCGUGUUCCUCCUGCGGGAAGAGGAGGCAGUGAGUCCCCGGUCCCCACCCCAUCCCACCUCCUCCCAGAGGUGCGAUGUGGCUCAGAUUUAAAACCCCAGAAUAUCGACUGGCAGAUGUCUGCCAAUCGGCAAGCGCAUAGCACAGACAAUUACAACAGCCAGGAGCUCAUCUUGCGACGAGGUCAACCGUUCAGUUUCUCAUUGACCCUCAACCGAGUUCUUAGAUCUGGAGAAAGUCUGGGGUUCAUAGUCUCCACAGGGCCCUCCCCCUCAGAAUCAGCCAAGACGAGGGCUGUGUUUUCACUCUCCAGUGGGACAAGUGGUGGCAGCUGGUAUGCACAGCUCAUGUCCCAGAGGGAGAAUACUCUGAACAUCUCCAUCUCCAGUCCUGCCAAUGCACCCAUAGGGUGGUACACGCUGAACCUUCAGGUCUUCACCCAGGGCAACAACUUUACUCUGAAACUUGGGAUGUUAAUACUGCUCUUUAACCCCUGGUCACAAGCGGAUAGUGUCUUUAUGAAUAGCCAAGCUGAGAGACAGGAGUAUGUUCUGGAAGAUUCCGGCGCCAUAUUUGUGGGAAGCACAAAUCGAAUUAGCAUGAUUGGCUGGAACUUCGGACAGUUUGAAGGAGACAUUCUGAACAUUUGCCUCGCGAUCCUGGAUAGCAGUCUGAAUUUCCGCCGUGACCCUGCUCAUGACGUGGCCCGCAGAGGUGACCCCAAGUAUGUCGGCCGCGUGCUGAGUGCAAUGGUCAAUAGCAAUGAUGACAACGGUGUGAUAGCUGGGAACUGGAGUGGCAGCUACACCGGUGGCCGGGACCCCAGGAACUGGAACGGCAGUGUGGAGAUCCUCAAGGAGUGGAAGAAAUCUGGCUUCAGGCCAGUCCGAUUCGGCCAGUGCUGGGUCUUUGCUGGGACCCUCAACACAGUGAUGCGGUGUUUUGGGAUUCCCGCCCGGGUGAUCACCAACUUCAACUCAGCUCAUGACACAGACAGAAACCUCAGCGUGGAUGUGUUCUACGACCCCAUGGGAAACCCCCUGGAAAAAGGCAGUGAUAGCGUUUGGAAUUUCCACGUCUGGAAUGAAGGCUGGUUUGUGCGGAAUGACCUGGGCCCCUCGUACAAUGGAUGGCAGGUUCUGGACGCCACCCCCCAGGAGAGGAGUCAAGGGGUGUUCCAGUGCGGCCCCGCUUCGGUGGCAGCUGUCCGAGAGGGCGAUGUGAACCUGGACUUCGACAUGCCCUUCAUCUUUGCGGAGGUUAAUGCCGACCGCAUCACCUGGAUCUACGAUGCCCGCCGCAACACCCAGAAGCAGAAUUCCUCAGACACAAACACCAUUGGCAGAUACAUCAGCACGAAGGCGGUGGGCAGCUACUCUCGCAUGGAUGUCACCGAAAAGUACAAGUACCCAGAAGGUAGGAGGGGCGCUGGUGGGGCUGUGCCACUCGGGGCCUGAGGGUGGGAAGACGGC